GGUAUUAUCGGAGUUAUUGACUAUUGUGAAAUAUUGACCCGAUAAUAUAAUACUCCAAGGAAAUCGUGACCGAAAAUCCGUUAUCUUAUCCAAUUCUUGUAAUCCUUCUGGGAAAGAAAAUCAAAAUACCCGCGCAGAAAGGCAACCUCCGGCCUGGAUGAAGCAGUGCUUACUUUACCAGUCGCCUCUCCGGCCACUCACCAUUGCAUAGGUUAUUCUCGUUUGGGGAUGUUGAAGAAGCGCUAAUGGUGACAUCGAUGUUACUCAGCACUUCAAAGCCGCCUUCUUCCGCCAUUCCAAUCAAGCAAGACAAUGUACCGGAAAAUUCGUCCUUCCCGCCGAAACCCACCUCCGUUUCUUACUCCAAGAAGCCGCAUUCAGCAAUGGUGGACUCCCACCUGAAUUUCCUUCGCAAAAAUGGGCGACUAAGCGAGGCUGUGGAGGUUCUCGACGCUCUGGCUCAGGAUGGGACGAAGGUAAAUUCCAAGACUUUGAUCGGGCUGCUCCAGUCGUGCAUCGACUCCAAUGCCGUCGAUUUGGGCCGAAAGAUUCACGCCAGAAUUAGCCUGGCGGAGGAAAAGUCGGCGUUUCUCGAGACGAAGCUGGUUGGGAUGUACGCGAAAUGCGGGUGCUUGCGUGAUGCCCGCAUGGUGUUCGAUGAAAUGCGGGAGAGAAACUUGUACACGUGGUCCGCGAUGAUCGGUGCCUGCUGCAGGGAUCAGAGAUGGAAGGAAGUCGUGGGGCUUUUCCAUAUGAUGAUGGCAGAUGGGAUUUUGGCGGAUGGUUUUCUGCUGCCUAAGAUCCUGCAAGCGUGCGGCAACUGUGGUGAUUUUCGGACUGGGAAGCUGUUACAUUCUUUGGUGGUGAAAUGUGGUAUGGGUGAUUUCCCACGAGUGAAUAAUUCGAUUCUGGCUGUGUAUGCGAAAUGUGGGGAGUUGGGAUUAGCUAGGAAGUUUUUUGACGGUAUGGAUGAUAAGACAGAUAGAGUUGCUUGGAAUGCUUUGAUAUCUGGGUAUUGCCAGAAAGGUGAGAUCAAGGAAGCUCAUAGAUUGUUUGAUGCCAUGUGUAAAGAAGGGGUUGAACCAGGUUUGGUAACUUGGAAUAUACUGAUUACUGGGUACAAUCAGAUUGGACAGUGUGAUGUUGCAAUGGAAUUGAUGGAAGAAAUGGUGAGAUUUGGGAUAGAACCAGAUGUGGUUGCUUGGACUGCUAUGAUCUCUGGGUAUGCUCAAAACAACAGGCAAAUUCAGGCACUAGAUUUGUUUGAGGAUAUGAUUUCGUCUGGGGUUGAACCAAAUGGAGUUACUAUUGCAACUGCAAUUUCUGCUUGUUCAGUUUUGAAAUUAUUAAACAAUGGGAUGGCAAUUCAUGCUCUGGCUGUUGAAAUAGGCUGCACUGAUGAUGUACUUGUCGGGAAUGCACUCAUCGAUUUCUACUCAAAGUGCGAGAAGCUGGAGGCUUCUCAGCUAGUCUUUGAUUGUAUGCCCGAGAAAGAUGUUUUCACUUGGAAUUCGAUGAUUGGAGGAUAUAUUCAAGCAGGAUACAGUGGGAAAGCCAAUGAACUAUUCACGAGGAUGCAGAAUUCCGAGAUUCAACCCGAUGUUAUCACUUGGAAUACAAUGAUAUCGGGAUAUAUAGAAAAUGGAGACGAAGAUGAAGCCACAGAUCUCUUCCACAAGAUGGAAAAGGAUGGGAAAAUAAAGCGUGACACAGCAUCAUGGAAUUCUCUUAUCGCUGGUUACUUGCAUAUUGGACAGAAACAGAAGGCACUUUGUAUGUUCAGACAAAUGCAGUCUUCAGGUUUCAGUCCUAAUGCUGUAACAAUACUGAGUGUUUUGCCUGCUUGUGCAAAUUUAGUUGCACUGAAAAAGGUCAAAGAGAUCCAUGGCAUUGUGCUACGGAGAAACCUAGAAGCUGCAGUCUCCAUCCCAAAUUCACUUAUCGACACUUAUGCCAAAUCCGGGAAACUAGUUUAUUCAAGAUCCUUGUUCGACCGAAUGAAGUCCAAAGAUUUCAUUACCUGGAACUCGAUAAUUGCUGCGUAUGUACUACAUGGCUGUUCGGAUGAAGCCCUUAGUCUUGUGGAGCAGAUGUUGAUGUUGGGAUUGAAGCCAGAGCGGAGUACUUUUGUCAAUAUCAUACUCGCCCAUAGCCUUAAUGAGAAUGUUGAAGAGGGGAAGCAUAUUCUCACUACCAUGAUUGAAGACGAUCAACUCAAUCCUGCCAUUGAAAAUUAUGCAGCUAUGGUAGAUUUGUAUGGUCGUGCUGGCAGGCUUGAAGAAGCAAUACGGUUUAUUGAGGCUAUGCCAGUGAAGCCCGACUCAUCAGUGUGGUCUAGAUUAUUAACUGCCUGCAGAGUUCAUGGCUGUCUCGACUUGGGAAUCCAUGCAGGGGAAAGACUUCUUAACUUGGAACCAGGAAAUGCAUUGAUCAGUCAUUUGGUCUUACAAGCAUAUGCUCUUCGUGGAACGCGGGAGGACACAUUCAGACUGCAAAGGCUUCAAAAUGAGCACCAACUGCCUAAACUUAUUGGGGAGAGCUGGAUUGAAAGUAAAAAUAAAAUGCAUUCUUUUGUUUCGGGAGAUCGGUCUAAACCUUACUCGAACCUCCUAUUCGCUUGGAUAGAUCGGAUAUCUAUUGAAGACAAAGGAAUUGGAAGAAGGCAGGGUUUGUGCAUUGGAGAUGAAGAGAAGGAAGAAAUUGUUGGGGUUCACAGUGAAAAGCUUGCAUUAGCUUUUGCAUUUGUUUGCUCACAACCAGUGGUUCCUCGGAGUAUAAGGAUUGUGAAGAACCUGAGAAUGUGCAGUGAUUGUCACCGGAUGGCGAAACAUAUCUCACUGAAAUAUGGAUGUGAGAUAUACUUGAGUCACCCGAAGUGCUUCCACCACUUUAAAGAUGGCCAUUGUUCUUGCGGUGAUUACUGGUAGCACAAAAUGUACAAAGCAAAACAAAUAACAAAAUUUUGUUCCAGGGUUUCCUUAGAUGAAUUUGUACAGGAUUCAAGCUGCCAGAGAAUGCUGCAGCAGAUUAUAUGAGAUCAAUCAUAUUUUCUGUUUGUCAAUGGUUCAUCCUUGGUUUUUACUCAAUCUGGUUGAAACCUAAUGAAGGGAAUGAUCUGAACAGUGGUGCAUGACUGCAGCCAUUGCUAGCCACCUGUUGUCUUUGCUCAGGACAUCAAUUAAUCUUGGCAGGAAAAAUUAACUGAUAUUGGUGAG